AUGGAUGGUGGAGCGGGUCUAAGAAAAAUGGACUUGCACAAUUUGGCUCUAGGGGCUAAGUUAGCAUGGAGAAUGUAUGAGCAGCCUCAUAAAUCCUGGUGUAAGAUUAUGACUGCAAAGUAUUUGGAUUUAAAUGAUGUAGAUAGGAUUUUUACUGUGGCAAACUUGAUCAAGGGAUCUCCAAUUUGGAAAUUUAUUUGGGAAAGCAGAAUCAUCAUAACAAAGCAUCUAACUUGGAAAAUUGGCAACAGUGGAAAGGCAAAAUUUUGGAGAGAUUCUUGGAAUGGAGACAUUUCUAUAGCUGAGGAAAUUGAUGAUUUGGUAUGGGUUAAUGAAGUGGAAGCACUGAAGCAGAGCACAAAAUGUGGAGUGGCCCUCGGCAUUGUGCUGGCACAAAUUGGUACUGCCCAAGGCAGGGGCAUUCCUUUGGACCACAUUGCAUGGUCAUAUUAUAAUAGGAGAAAGGUUGAAACUAAUUGGAAUUGCAAGUCUGAGUGUAAAUUGCAGUAUGGAUUGGUGAGAAGUCAAACACUAAAAGGUUUUUUAUUGGCAUGGCCUACCUGCUAUAAGAAGUCAAAAUGGAGCAUAUUGUGGGUGGUGAGUCUAGUUUUUCUAGCAUGGCAUAUUUGGAAGGAGAGAAAUCGAAGAGUCUUCAAUGAGGAAGCUUUGUCUUUUGAUCUUCUAAUCCCAAAAAUCAAAGUAGCCAUUGAAGAAGUCAUCAAUGUCAAAGUAGUGGGAAGGAAGUAUUACACUUAUUCUUCUUGGGACAAGGAAAUGGAAAGGCUAUGGAAUUUGAUGAAGAACAGUGGCUACAAGUUUGUGGACAAGAAGCAGAACAUAGAUAGUAUAGUUUGGACUCCACCCUCAACUAGAAACUUAAAGGUCAACUUUGAUGAAGCAAGCCAUGGAAAUCCUAGUAAAUCGGGAUAUGGAGCCAUUAUAAGGGAUGAAUUUGGUAAUUUUGUUGGUGCAAAUUUCAGUCCCUUAGGAAUCACAACAAACAAUAUGGUAGAAAUUGUAAGGCUGUUAGCUGAUAUGGUUGCAGAUGCCAUUCUAGGUAUGGAGGAAGAUGUCAGAGUGAGCAUCCUGAAGAUAUACUUCCAAUUUGAGAACUACCUACAUUUGGAUAUAGAGGAUGACGGAGAGAGUGAAGAAGAAGGCAAUGUGGCUAGGGAAGACAGUGAAGAAGAUACAGAUGAGGAGGAUUUUGUGGAUAGUGAUGUUGUUUGA